AUGUUUAAACGCCUUCCACAUGCGCUGUCUCUGAAGGAUGAAAACGAGGAUGCUCAGCGUAACUGCUAUACUAUAAAACAAAAGAAAUUGCGCUGGCUAGGACAUGUGCAUCGUAUUGCCAAGAUAAACUUUCCUAGGGGAAAUAGCUCAUGCCAGGUCCAUCCAAAGCUAAGGUUUAAGAACAGCGUAAAGCGCGAUAUGAUCUCCUUCGAUAUCAACUUUUCUGAUUGCGAGGCAAUCGCAAAAGCGCGUGAUCCGUGGUAA